AUUUCACAACUCUUGAGAUUAAUCGCAGUUACCAUGUAAACAGUGUAUUGUAAUGGAACGACUGAAAUGCCACUCUUAACAGCCUUCACAAAACAUAGUUCAGGGACAGAGAGAGAGAAGGCUCAGAGCAUGAAGUUUCUGUGAAAUACAUGGAAGAUGGGCAAUACGGUAAGAGGAAUUAUUGCCUUCAUCCCAUCAAACAGCUGUCAAAAAUACCUCCAUGGGGAACUGGAAGAAAUGCCCAUAGAUAAGAUGGUGGACUUGAGCAGUAUGCAAAUUAGGAGAUUUCCUCUAAGAGUAUGCGCUUUCACAGAACUUACCAAGCUGUACCUAAGUGACAACAACCUAGCCAACCUUCCUCCAGAGCUGGAACUGCUGCAGAACCUCCAGAUUCUAGCCUUGGACUUUAACAACUUUAAAGUUCUUCCACUAGUUGUAUGCAGCCUCAAGCAGCUGUGUAUAUUAUACCUUGGAAACAACCAUAUUAAAGACCUUCCAAAAGAACUAAGUUGUCUUAACAACUUGCAUACUCUUUGGAUUGAGGCCAAUUAUUUCACAAACUUGCCUGUUGUCAUCUGUGAGCUGCCUCACCUUAAGACGCUUCACGCUGGUUGCAACCCAAUCCGCAACAUCCCCAAGGAGCUAGUAAAUUUAAGAGAACUGAAAAGUAUUUGGAUGUCGGGAACUCUCCUUGCUGAAUUUCCACCAGUUUUUUUAAAAAUGCCUUUCCUGGAAAUCAUUGACGUGGAUAGAAAUGGUAUUCAAUUUUUCCCGAGUCUAAAGCGCAUGCCGGGGUUGAAACUUGUUAUCUAUGACCACAAUCCAUGUCGCAAUGCUCCAAAAGUAGCAAAAGGCGUUCGCAGAGUUGGAAGAUGGUCUGAAGAAACUCCAGAACCCAAGAAAAGGUUUGAGGUGGAAGCAGAGCUUGAAAAGGUCACAGAAAGUAAAGACAUACAAUCUACAGUUGCUAAUGAAACAAAACCGCAGAAUGUUAGUCCUGUAGAGGCAACCACCUGCUUAAUUUAAUUUUACGGACUAUAAAAUGUUAAAGUAUGGCAGUUUA